UUUCUAAUUUCUUGAUCGUAGAGCUAUUUAUGAUAAAAACCCUAAAUUUUCCUGGAUCUGAGAUUGCUUCGAUAGAUUUCUGUGUUCAUUGCCAAUUGAUCGGAAUGGUAAUCGAAUUCUGCUGAAGUUUUGGCAAUUUUGUUGCUGUUGUUCCUUCAUUUUUCAUAUUUUUUCAUCCAUUUGAAUGUCUCGAAUCUGACGCCAUGAGGAAGAAGCUCGAUACCCGCUUUCCUGCUGCUCGAAUUAAAAAGAUAAUGCAAGCAGAUGAGGAUGUUGGAAAGAUAGCAUUGGCAGUGCCCGUUUUAGUUUCUAAAGCAUUGGAACUGUUCCUGCAAGACCUCUGUGAUCGUACAUAUGAGAUAACUCUACAAAGAGGAGCAAAGACAAUGAACUCUUUACACCUAAAGCACUGUGUACAAAGCUAUAGUGUUUUCGAUUUUCUGAGGGAUAUUGUUGGUCGGGUGCCAGAUUAUGGUCAUGGUCAUUCUGAUGGUGCUGUUGAUGAUAGAAAGAGGAGGAAACCCCUUGGUGACGAGGGUAAUGAUUUUGACGAGUUGAAAAAGAGCAAGAUGCAUGACAUGAGCCAUGUCAGCACCGGUAGAGGAAGAGGAAGGGGACGAGGACGGGGUCGUGGACGACCUGCUCGAUCAGCCGAAAGGGACAACUACCAACCUAACCCUGAUGUCGACCCUUGCACAUCCAUAGAGAACAGGAACAAGAACCCCAACCCCGAUGUGCACAUGGAACAUCACGUCGAGCCUAGUGAUACACCAAAAGAAGUUAGUGAAGCCAAUCAAGCUAUCCAAAACUUCGAUCUUAAUGCUGAUGUCAGCACUAAUGAAGACUCCAAGACAGUACCAGCAGCAGCAGUUUCAGAUGCGCCCAUCGAACCAGCUGCACCUACAACAACUACCGAGUCCGAGACUAAAGCAGCUGAUGAAUUCCCUGCCUGGCCUCUUUCUGACGUGGACAAAAUGGCAAUUGAUCCUCUCCAAUAUACACAUCUCAGCUCAAGAGUAGAUGAGGAAGAGGAAGAUUAUGAUGAAGAGGAGUAAACAUGCUGGCUGACCGACCAGGCCGGGCUGGCCACAAGUGCCGAGAAACAUCUGUUACUUGAAGCAAACUACAUAGGAAGGAGAAGGUCUAAGUAGAGGAAAAUAAGAAGAAUCAGAGAUUGGAGUUCAAUCUAUUACAAUGUCCUAUGUAGUUUAUCAUUUUCUGAUAUUUUUUUCCUUAAAAUCUUAAUGUUCUAAGUAAAUGAUUUCCCGAUCUAACAUUAGGUCUGUAGCUGUUGAAAGUAAUAGCUUUGUUCAUUAUGUAAUCCAUGUGAAGAGUGUUAACCUUUGGGGUAAGGGUAGGGUUGUACUUUUUUCUUUCUUUCUUCUAUGCAUGUUAAUUGUCAAAACCCUAAUUAAUUUACCUUUAAGAUUACAGUAUUUUAGUUGAGAGUCCAACAUUGCUCUCUCACACUAUCAUUGCUA